AUGACUGCGACCGUCGGUUCACCCCUCGCUCACGACCCUCCAGCUAGCGACUUUUACGAUCCGGAUGAAGUAAUUCCUCAAAACAGUCCCUUGAUGAAAGCUCACCGCCCCAAGCUCGAACCGUCACCCUCCCCACCCGCAAUACCUCUCCCCAAAGUCAGUCCUCCUCCUAGUUCCAAUCGGAAGUCUUCUAAUCGUCGGCAAAAGAUACGGCCCAGCCUAGGCGAUGCAGUUCUGAUACACUAUCUCGACGGUGGGAAGCGCCCGGAAAUUGUUGCCGAGGCCUGGUCGCGGCCGCUUGCCCAGUACGAAGACGACGAUCAGAGCAAAGGGGACUCGGAGGAGUCGGCCGACGAGUCCGGGCAUGAGGAGGAUACCAGGAGCCACGAGAUGUCCCCCGGUCCUACGCCGCGCCGCUCCACACGCGCCGCCGAAACGUCGGGAUCGGGGAACGCAGACCUGCAGUUUCUCGCGACAAACGCCGUAGGCAUGCUUGCCGCCGUCAAUGCGGCCUCGAAGACAAUUGACCCGGACACUUCUCGACAUUCCGACGACGCUGCCGGGCACGCGCGGAGGGUGACGCCAUCGCAGGCGCUCAAGAUCAACGGUGCGCGAGACGACGGCGCUCUGAAAGAUCUGAACCGGCCCGUUCUCGCCCCGCCUAUUUCCCCGUAUCCGUCGCAGCCCACCCCGGAGGUGUACUCGCCCCCGAGUUACACCUCGGGCCAGGUUCUGAUGCAUCCGAACAACGUACGGUCGCCGCCCAGCUUAACUGCCUCCAGCCACGGCGAACUACCUCCGAUCCACGCCCCGUCCCCGAACCUCGACCCGACGUCCCACGACUCGCUGCCCCCCAUAAGAGCCCAGUUGGUAGAUCAGUUCAGGGACCACCCGAAGGAGCUGGCCUUGCGCCACGGCCCUCAGUUCCCUCACUCGCCGCCGGGGGCCCCCCCGCAUAUCGGCAGGAUGCCCGGCAGCCACGCCUCGCCCCCGAUUUCCCCGAAUGAAGGAUUUCACCAAAGCAUGUCUUCUCCGCACGGGGUUGGUAUGAGCCCCUACUACCACCCGGGCGCCAGCAACGCGGGCUAUCAUCGCGCCGGUCUGGAUUACAGUAGUAGUAGCAACGCGGACACGCCAGCCGUCGAAAACGCGUCGACUCCCGCUACCUCCAUCACCGAUCGGAUGAGCAUCGACAACAUGACGAACCCCGUCGGCGUGUUCGUUUGCACGGUCCAAGGCUGCAACGCGCCUCCAUUCCAGACGCAAUAUUUGCUCAACUCGCACUUGAACGUGCAUUCUUCCGCCCGUCCGCACUACUGUCCCGUGAAGGGGUGUCCGCGAAGUGAGGGCGGGAAAGGGUUUAAGCGGAAGAACGAGAUGAUCCGGCACGGGCUCGUUCACGAUUCGCCUGGGUAUGUGUGCCCGUUCUGUCCAGAUCGAGAGCAUAAAUACCCCAGGCCGGACAAUCUACAGAGACACGUACGGGUCCAUCAUGUCGAUAAGGAUAAAGACGAUCCUCUCCUUCGCGAUGUGCUCUCCCAACGCCCAGAUGGGCCCAACAGGGGGCGGAGACGUCGAGGCGGCCCAUGA